AUGUCUAUUACGGAUCUUUAUUCUUCAUCUGAAAACAGAAUUGAUCUGCUCCGCGGUUGCCCCGCGCCAAGCUUACUCCCAGCAGAUCUUCUCGCUUCCGCUUGUCAGCGAGUGCUUUCCAAUCCUAAUGACCACGAAACACUGCUCAACUACGGUCAGCCGGUGGGUUACCAGCCGCUCCGAGAAGCACUUGCCACCUGGCUUAGCGAACAAUACCAAGUGAAUCGUGAUCCGGACAGGCUGUGUAUUACAGGGGGUGCAAGCCAGAGCUUGGCAUGUAUUCUACAAAGUUUCACGGACCCAGCGCAUACCAGAGCUAUCUGGAUGGUGGCACCGUGUUACUUCUUGGCUGCAUCUAUCUUUGAGGACUCUGGGUUCGCCAAUAGACUCAAAGCUAUUUCUGAAGAUGACGAAGGAAUCAACAUCGAAGAACUUGAGCAAAAGCUGGCUGAGCAUGAUCGAUCAUGGGCGACCUUUCUCUCCGAGACGAAGUCGUUUAAGUCAGUUGGCCCAAACAGGAAGCUGUACCGCCAUAUCAUCUACCUGGUACCGACAUGCGGAAAUCCUUCUGGGAAAACACUCCCAUUACACCGACGAAAAGACUUGGUCAGACUUGCGAGAAGGCAUGACGCUCUUGUCAUUUGUGACGAUGUCUACGACUUUCUGCAAUGGCCCCUGGAUGGGUCUACUCCAUCAGAGCAACCCCGAAAUGUUGUAAUCCAGCGACUAAGCGACAUUGAUCGUGAUUUGGAUAUCGCAGAGGAAGAAGUUAUGGUGACCGAUUUUGGUAAUGCUGUCAGCAAUGGUACCUUCAGCAAACUCGCUGGUCCUGGCGUCCGCACAGGCUGGGUGGAAGGCACUCCUGCAUUUGUUACUGGGCUCUCUAUGACCGGUUCCAGCAUGUCUGGUGGUCCUCCAAGUCAACUCUGUGCCGCCAUUAUGGCUGAGUUGGUUCAGACAAAGGAGCUCCAGCGUCAUCUCGAGCGGCAGAUGAAACCUGUUCUACAAAGACGGGAAAUUCUCAUGCGUGAGGCUAUCAGCAAAUAUCUAUUCCCGUAUGGAGUGCAGAUCGCUCAGAGACGAAAUGUUGGUAUCAAUGGUGGCUACUUUAUAUGGCUUCGCCUAGGACCCAGUCAAUCCGCUCAAAAGGUAGCUCAGGCAGUCCUACAGGAGAAAAGCGUGCUUGUCGGGAAUGGGAACUUCUUCAACGUCAAAGGCGACAGUCAGAAAUUUUCUUUUGAUAGCAACAUCAGACUGUGUUUUGCAUGGGAAGAUGAAGAUCGAAUGGUAGAGGGGGUAAGGAGACUUGGAGAGGUGCUUGGUCAUUGCACUGAAGCUUAA